AUGCUAAAUACUAAUUAAGUUUUAAAUAAAAUACUUUUCCUUAACUUGUUGUUAAUCAUUUUAGGAAACUGUUGUCAGAAAUCCAAAAUUAGAUCAAUCAUACGUGGCAAUUAUUAGAAUGUUCUAUCAUAUUCCAAUGGGCCCUUUCUAGAAACUAGAUUAACUAAUUUCUUAGAUGGUGGUCCGAUAAACGGAAUCUUAUUUAGGGAUUAAAUUUAUUUGGUGACUACAAGCACUGGCUUUACCUACUGUUAUAUUGAUCAUUCUAUCAUAAUAAGCUUGAGAUAAGUUUAUGAAUUAAAUACUUUUACUAUGUGGUUGUGGGAUAGAGGUAACAGACGUUAUAGUCUCAUCGUUUAUAUAUCUUAUAAUGAUCAAGAGUAAGUCAUAUACGAUUCAACUGUUGCUUCAGAGGUGUUAAAACUCACAUUUCCGAAUUAAUAUAUAUCAAGCUUUCGAAUCUAUAAUAGAAAUGGAAAUGAAAUAACUGAACGUAUAAAUCUGAUCAAAGUAGAGGCGUAUUUUAGAUUAUGA